AUGGCAAUCAGCAUAAAUUCAGAAGUAUGGUUUUUUAUAGAAGAAGAGUUAAAUCUCAUGGACGAAACCAUUUUAAAUCAGUCCAGCAGCCACCAUGAUUCGGAAGAUCACAGAUCGUCGGAAAAUCGUGGCGUUGAUAGUAAACAUAAAGUUGAAGCAUUGAAAGCUAAUAUUGCAGAGGUUAAGGCAGAGUUGAAAGAACUCAAAUUCACUGUUGACAAGCACAUAGCUGAUAUCAAGAGUUAUGUCGAUAACUCGACCAAACUGAUAAUUAAAGAGAUUCGAUUGUCAAGAGGAGAACAAAUACCAGAAGAACAACCAGAGGACAACGCCAAUCAACAUGCUGCACAAUCUGAUAAAGAUCCAACAGCUAUGCGUACAGUUUCAAUUGGAGAACGUCCAAUGUCAAACACAGCUGCUUAAAAGUCAACUGAUGGUUGUUUCAACGUUGACGUACCUACAACGUCAACAUCAAAACCACCAACAUUGGACGAUUAUCCUGAUUUUACUAUGACACAAAUCAUCGCACUUGAUCCAAUUCUUAAUGCUACCACGACUCCAAAUGUGCAAACAAGACAUAAGAAUCUAGGAAAAUACGAUUCUUCUCCUUAUAUCAGAAUGUCGGAAGGGAAAAGCAGUUCAAAUAGAGUACCUAUAUUCUUUCCAAUCAAACAUCCAUUCCAAAAUCACAAUGGGUUUGAUGUUCCAGAUGACAUAAUUGAGGAGUUCAAUAAAUGGGGUUUUAAAAAUGUGUCAAGCAGGCGUGGCAGGUAUAAACGCUGA